AUGAUGUUGAAGAAUGCCCUUGGGAAUCAGGGGAAAGCCAAUGGUCUGUGUGAUCUUCCCCCAGCCUUCCAGUCUUGGCUGCCGCUGUGCCGAAGCCGAAGCCCACUAAAAUUGAGGUCCUGGCGAUCACUACGAUCGGCCCACCUCAGCCACCGAAAUGCGCCGAGUGUGGGUCCAAACGACCAUCGUAUCCAGGUGCGCCAGGUCGAGGUCGUCCGACUGUGCUUUUCGCCGAUCCUCGUCGUAGUGCCUCGUGAACACGGCGCCAUGGAGGCCGAUACCUGGCCGACAAGCAGUGGCAUCGUGCAGAUGGCCAGCACCACGCUGAUUCACACUGGCGAUGCGACAUGUCUUUCUUUCACCAUCCUCUCUGCCCUGGCCGGCCUCGGCGCCGUCUCGGCGCAGGCCACCAACUGCCCUGCCCCCGGCUCGACCAGCGCUGCCGGCGACUACAGCUGCAACCCGGCUCACGCGUACCCCGAGGGUCAGCAGUGCGUCCUUGUCAACGGAUGCUACUUCCUUCGCAGCAAGGCCGCCUCGUCCGCGGCUCCCCAGCCUACGGGCACCAGCUGCCCUGCGCCUGGCUCGACCAGCGCUGUUGGCGACUACAGCUGCAACCCCGCCCACGCGUAUUCCGAGGGUCUGGAGUGCGUUCUUGUCAACGGCUGCUACUUCCUCCGUCCACAGUGCAGCUCGUCCGCGGCCCCCAAGCCCACCGGCACCAGCUGCCCUGCGCCUGGCUCGACCAGCGCUGCCGGCGAUUACAGCUGCAACCCCGCCCACAAGUACCCCGAGGGCCAGCAGUGCGUUCUUGUCAACGGCUGCUACUUCCUCCGCGGCACUGGUGUCCAGACCGGCCACCCCAACACCACCAUCCCCGCCACCAUCCCCGCCACCGGCACCAAGCCUGCCGUCCUGCCCACCGACCACGUCACCGCCGGUGCCGGCGCUCUCUCGGCUUCGCGCCUCUCUGCGGUCGCCGGCCUGGUGGCUGCCGGCUUCUACAUGCUGCUCUAA